CAUUUAUAUGUAUCCAUACUGAUGCUAUUACUAUAAAUACGAUCUUUCAGUAAUUUUACUUUUAAUUGUGUUGCAUUGUUGGUGCGUCAACUUUAUCCGGAUAUUCGUGUGACAUUUAUUUCCUUUUUUUGAUCACAUGAAAUUUAAUAUUAUCUAGAUGAUGUUACAUUGUAAUAUUAUUAUCAGACGUUCUUUUCAAGUACUUGCAGAGUUUGUAAUUUAUUAACACAGAUAUGAACUAUUUCAUUAUAUUAUCUGUUUUAUUGAUAACAAAUUUUUUAUUGGACUCAAGUUACUGUGAUCGUUGUUGUACUAUUAAUCUUCGAAAAUUGCCAUCGUAUAAAUUAAGCCGUAUCGGAGCACGUUCGGAUGAAACAAUUAUUUCAAGAAAAAUAGUUCAUAAUUUGUACGAGUGUAAGGAAUUCGCUGCAUCGAGGAAAGCAUUGGCGUUUAACUUCGGCCUAAACAUCAAUUUAAAUGGAAGUAUCAUUAGAAAUCAUUUGAGAAAUGAAGCUUCAAACAGAAAUCUGUGCCAGGCUUUACAAUGUCCAGAAAUAUAUAACUCUUCGUCAUUGAUAAGGGACAAGAAUUAUCGGUACUACAGCAUUUAUCCUAAUUACAUCAAUUCUGGAGGAGGUACAAUAGUUUGUGUACCCGAAGCAGGAUUAUUUAUGUUAUCGAAUAACAAUUUAAAUUAUACUCAAGCUCAAAUGUUUUGUCAGAAAUUGAACGGAUCACUUGCGCAUGUGAUAAGCGAAGAACGCAUGAAUGGCUUGGCUAAGUUUCUUUCGCAUAAGAUUCCAAGAUACGUUGGUCUGAGUAAUAAUGACGAUGAAAAAAUUUGGAAAAAUUCGUUCGAUGAACCUUUGUUGUGUUUCGAAUAUCGUGCAUGGGGCACAAGAGAACCUUCUAAUUCAAGAGGAUGCGUUGCUAUUCUUACGUCUUCAUCUAAUUCAUCCAUUACAGCUUUUUGGAAAGUUAUACCUUGUUAUGUUUCGUUACCUUAUAUAUGUGAAAUUUUUCCACAAUAUCAAUAAAUAAAAAAUAUACUAUUAUAACAUAAUUAUAUAAUUAUAUAUACAUAUGGAUAAUAUUUGUAUCAGGGUAAAUAAAAGUUGAAUCUACUUA